AUGGCUGUGAGCUCCUGGUCCUCAAAGCUGGGGUUCGGCUGCGAGAAGGUGCUGCAGGCCGCCGCUGUCUCCACUGGCCCCUCUCUGGAAUUAUGCACCUUCCCCUCCACCCUGGGCUCCUCGGUCGCGGCUGCCGCCCUGGAGCAGCUCUUUGUUGUCGAACAAUCACUGCAGAGUGACUACUUUAAAUGCAAUGAAGAAGCUAAGACCUUUCUUAAGGACGUUGCUAUUGCUGUUAAGAAAUUGGAAGAAAUGAGAAAAUCCACAAUUGAUCUUCUGGAAAUUGAAAGCAUGGAACUCAGCAGACUAUAUUUUCUACUGGAAACUCUUCCCGCUAGUGUUAGCAGAGAAUUCGAAGAAUGUGUCAGGGAUGCCCGAAGAUUAAAUCUUGUUGAGAUAAAUCAAUUACACAUGAAAAUUACGAAGAUAAAUGAUGAAAUAGAGUUUCUGAAGAAGAAAAUACUUGAUCUGAAAAAAAUUAAUAAAGCUCUGGGUGAACAGCAAGAGGAACUAGCGAGGCGUUAUGAAAAUUUUGUCCUGUCACUCAACCAUGCGAUGAAAGAAAAAGCCACUAUCACUGUUUACAUCAAUGAGAUUUAUACCAAAGUUAACUCAGAGAAGAAAGAACUAGAAUUGCAAAAACGAUAUAUUCAAGAAGUAGAGGAGCAAAUGGAAAGAGAAAAAGCAGAAUAUUUGGGAAAAAAACAAAAAUUGAGUCAAGAGAUUGAUGAAUAUAAAAAACUCUGUGAACUAAAGAGAAAGGAGACUUACAAAAAGAAGAAAGAAUUGGAUACAUUAAGGCUUAAAAUGACAAAAAUGAGAGAAACCCUUGCUGCCAGCAGAGUGGUUCUUAGUGAUCACAAUUUAGAGAUAUCAAAACUACAAGAAUCAAUAAGACAUUGGGAACAACAGGUUGAAGACAUGAAGAAAUCCUGUAAGAUCCUGGAGGAUAAAAUGCUUUUCUUUAGGAAUAACAAGGAAAAACUGGAUGAUGAAUCUAAUUUUGAAAAAAAAGAAUUAUUGCUGAAGAUAAAACAGAUGGCUGAAAAGCUACACAAAUGUCAUUUCAAGAACAAAGAUCUACGAGAGAAACUGCAUACUGUUUCGAGACAAUAUAAGAUUGUCCUAAAUGAGGAGGAUAAAGUUUUUAUGCAGAAACAGAAAAUUUAUUCUGAAAAUCAGAAACAACUGGCAUUUAUAUCUCAGAAAGAAAACUUCCUAUCAAAAAGAAAAGUAGACAUCAGAAAUAUGGAAGAAGGACUUAUCAGACUCAAUGAGCUUCAUCGAGCAACAAAGGAAGCAUAUCGGAAACAAAUAAAAGUCCUGAACGAUAACCUGGAAAGAAAACUUCAGAGAUGUAUUAUAACUCAGUGGAAAAUAGCUUGUUUGCUAAAAAAACAUGCACGUUGGACCAACAAGAUAUGGGCUGAAAUACAAGAAAUUUUAGAGAAAAUUCAGGAUGCUGAACUUAGACGCAGUAAAUUAUUACAAGAGACCAGUUUUAGAGAAAAUGAGGUCAAUGAGUUUUUGGCACAGAUCGAACAACUUACAUUAGAAUUAAAACAAGAGGAAGAGGAAUUUGUUGCCAAAGAAAAAGAGUUAAUUCAAGAGUUGAGUGAGUAUGAGCAAAGAUUCGCUGAGGAAACACAAAUUAACAAAGAAAAGGAAAGUGAACUAGUCGAGUGUCUUCCACAGCUUCAGGUGGCAGAAGAAGAAUACAUGGACAAAAACAGACAGUUUGAAAAUCUCAUUGAUACUCUUACAGCACAAAAGCAGGAGCAGAAUUUACUGAAUUAUGACAUUUCUCAAUUGUCAAGAGACUUUUUAAGAUACCUUAACAAGACGAAUAAAGUGAAGCAAGAAUUAAAACAAUUAAGAGAUCACGAAAGCCAUAAAAUCAAAGCUCAUUUUGAAGUUCUAAAGCACUUAGAAAAUGAAAUCUAUGUACAUGACCUAAAAACAGAUGAUUUGCUUCUGGCAAAUAAAAGAUUAAAAGAGUAUAUUGCAUACAUAAAGAACAGCACAGAGCAACACAGAAAGGGAGCAGAAGACCUCAUGUGCACCUCAAGUGACCUGUCGUCUCAGCUGACAGCUCUUCAGACACAAUAUUCGGAUUUGUGGACUGAAUUUUGGACUACACUUAAGGAAUUGGUAGAGAGUGGUAAUGAGACCUUGCAAGAAAUAAAAAAUCUGAUAGGGAAGCUGCAUGAAAGAGAUGAAAAAAUUGAGCAAAUCAGUAUUUGGCUUCAAGAGGAAAUUGAAGAGAUGCGUUUUCUUAUGGAACAGGAAUCGCAGACAGACCUUCUCAAAAAUAAGAAGAAACAGAGUCCUAUCAAAAGAAUCCGUCUCCCAGUGGUUGAAUGUACUAUGAAAAAAAAUCAACAAAGAAAAACUAACAAAAUAACUUAAAGGAUACACCUGUUGUGAAUUUAAAAGGUACAAAACUACAGAAAAAGAACAGGAAUAACCUGAAGAUGUCUUCAACCAAAC